ACUCAAACACGGCGGUAAACGCAUCAUCAAUCUCCUUCUCUCUUCAGGAGCUUGUUGUCUGUCCGUCCGACCGACUGUAACAAUCCUCAUGUCUGAUGCUUACUGGAGAUACAGCGACUCACGGCAGAUGCCGUCGUCGAUGCCUUCGAUCGCCGGAAAGCGCUCGCGCACGGACUAUGAUGUCUCUGGUGUUCAUGACAUGGCCAAUUACUUUCCCCGUGAUGAUGAUAGAGGCCGGCUCCAAGUAAUUAGAGAUACAGAAUCCCUUGAAGCAUCCUAUGAGCGUUAUCUUCAUAGCGCGCAAGUUUCCUCUUAUGGUGCUGGGCAGCCUCCCAGAACCAUUGGCGGGGUGGUUUCCAAUCGUCCUGUUGAUGAUUCAUAUGCCCAUAGUAUUGGGGGAGUAGACCCAACAACAACUGCAAAAGACAAAACCCUGGGAAUAAGCACUGGAAGGGCCGAGCGUCUGCUUCCACCUGAUGCUACCAAUACACUGUAUGUGGAGGGCUUACCUUCCAACUGCACAAGACGAGAAGUAGCUCACAUUUUUCGUCCUUUUGUUGGCUACAAAGAAGUUAGACUUGUUAGCAAGGAAUCAAGACAACCUGGGGGUGAUCCACUGGUACUUUGUUUUGUUGAUUUUGUGAGUCCCGCCCAUGCAGCAACUGCUAUGGAUGCCCUGCAGGGUUACAAAUUUGACGAGCUUGACCGCAACUCGGUCAAUUUAAGGUUUCAGUUUGCUCGCUAUCCUGGUGCAAGGUCAGGUGGCGGGCACCGUGGCAAGCGUUGAACUAUUUGUCGGCUGCUGAUUAAUUCUAUUGUUUCGUUCCAUGGACUUCUAUUAAUGACGGUUGUUUGGUGCUGACUCAAAGCUUCGUUUAUGAAUGGUAAAUCGUACUGAAUCAUGGAGCGGCAAUUCUUAGUAGGACUCGCUCAUCAGAUGUUAGAGACCCCUCUUUUAUCUCAAGAAUUACAGCCGCAUUCGUUAAGACAAGCUGAAUCUUGCGCCUAUCCUAUGCUGAGUGUACAUUUGUUUGAGGAAAUUGUCUAACUUAUUAAGAAUAAAUUACCUCAGAUUGUCUGUGUUCCCUAGAUUCUCUCGUUAUUGAAGGUGGAUUUUUACUUUGGGUGUUAAUUAGAUGCAUACUUUUCAUGCUUCUA